AUAUGCGCCAAAUAUUGCAAAUAAAAAAGAACAAUAGAAGGCUGUGAUGCGAUCCAAGAAGUUUUUUGUCUCACAGUCACAGCCAAAACAGCUGUUUUUCAUUACUAAUUGCCUCACUACUCAUCCCAUCCAACUCAGCAAUAACUCGUCUUAUCUCACUCCUUCUCCCCUUUCUCUCCUCCUCUAUAUUUUAAGCGCCGACAGCCAUUUCUCUCUUUCUUUCAGAUUUUCUUCUUUCCUCAGCUCAGACUUGUCGUUCCUUUCCAAACUCACUCCGCGUCAACCGAGUCAAGAUUCUUUUCCCAACUCACCAUUGGUUAAGAGUAUGGCAGCUGUGCGAAGAUGGAGCGAGGGAAUGUCCUCAGAUAAUAUUAAGGGUUUGGUUUUAGCCAUUUCUUCCAGUUUAUUUAUUGGGGCAAGUUUCAUUGUUAAGAAAAAAGGCUUGAAGAAAGCUGGUGCUUCUGGCGUCAGGGCAGGAGUUGGAGGGUAUUCGUACUUGCUUGAGCCACUUUGGUGGAUUGGCAUGAUAACAAUGGUCGUGGGGGAAAUUGCUAAUUUUGCUGCUUAUGCAUUCGCACCGGCCAUACUGGUCACUCCUCUUGGUGCACUCAGCAUCAUUAUCAGUGCGGUACUUGCGCAUAUCAUUUUGCGGGAAAAGUUACAUACUUUUGGGAUUCUUGGUUGUGCUUUGUGUGUUGUGGGCUCAACAACAAUUGUGUUGCAUGCUCCCCAAGAACGUCAGAUUGAAUCUGUAACAGAAGUUUGGGAUCUUGCUACAGAGACAGGAUUUUUGUUUUACACAGCUCUGGUCUUAACAGCUGUCUUUAUACUUAUAUUCCACUUUGUUCCACAAUAUGGACAGACACACAUUAUGGUUUACAUUGGAGUUUGCUCUCUCGUGGGCUCCAUUUCGGUCAUGAGCGUUAAAGCACUUGGUAUUGCCUUGAAGUUAACCUUUUCAGGAAUGAAUCAGCUUCUGUAUCCGCAAACUUGGGCCUUUACUUUAGUUGUGGCUUCUUGUGUGAUUACCCAAAUGAAUUAUUUAAACAAGGCGCUUGAUACUUUCAACACAGCUGUUGUUUCUCCUAUAUACUAUGUUAUGUUUACAUCACUGACCAUUUUGGCUAGUGUCAUCAUGUUUAAGGAUUGGGAUAGGCAGACUCCAACUCAGAUUAUAACGGAGAUGUGUGGAUUCAUAACAAUCCUUUCGGGAACUUUUCUUCUUCACAAAACCAAGGACAUGGUCGAUGAUUAUGUUCAAUCAGGUCCAAGUUUGACAACUUCUAUAUCAAUGCGAUCGUUAAAGCAUGAAGAAGAGGAUGGCUUUGAUGAAGGUGUCCCUCUUAAACGGCAGGAUACAUCGAGAAUACCUUAAUCGAAGUUAUAAGUCAUCAUUGCUAUUCCUACAAAGCUGAAAUAGCUCUUGGGGAGAAAACCCUCGAUACCUCAAUGAUAUUGUAAUUUUUUAUCACCCAACUUAUACCAUCCUAAUUCAUUUUUUUGGAGGUACACAAGAGGAGGUGAGAUUUUCAUUGGCCUUUUUCCAUUUUAUUAUAAUCCCUUUGGCUUCAAGAUGAGAGACUAUAUAGAUUUCAGCUUUUGCCUUGCAUACACUAUCACUCUAUCCCCAGUUGGUUGAUACAGAAGAUAUGGCCAAAUGUAAAAUCUUGAGCACAGUGGUUAAUACAUACUAUUAUCCUUUUGCUUUAUUAUAUCAACAAUUGGGUGGAAUUUGAAUGCUGAUAUAUCUUAUAAGCCAUUUGUUUGAAGUGGCAUUUGAA